AUGGCCGAAACACCUGGAGAGAGGAAAGCCAGAUUGAAAGCUCUCAGAGAUGCAGCUGCAUCAGCAGACGCCACAGAGCCAUCCACUUCAGCAGCACAAGGAGAUGAGCCAGUUUUGAAAUUCAGGAAUUACGCAGUAAAAGACAACAGGAUAGAGCACCAGACAAUCGAGGCAGCACAGGCACCAGAGUACCAGGAGCCCGUCCCAGAGCCGAGCAUUGUUCAGGAAGGCGAUGUCCUGUUAAAUGUAGUGCCAAAGAAGGCCAACUGGGAUCUGAGGCGAGACGUGGAAAAGAAGCUGGCAAAGCUGGAACGGCGGACGCAGCGAGCCUUGGUGCAGUUGAUGCAAGAACAGCAACGGGAGCAACUGGCCCAAGAUGGAGGACAUGCAGAUUAG